UUGCAUGUAAAGAAGUUGACUAAUCUGUGAUUGAGAUAAAUAAGGUUAAAAAAAACAAAUAUUCAAAUUUUGAAAGAAAUAAUAUAAUGACUUAUCUGACAAAGAAAUUUUAUAACACAAUAUUGUGCCAAGCCUUUUCUCCUUGUGGAAAUUAUUUUGUAGCUGGAGAUAUAUAUGGAAAAAUUUCGGUUUUUCAUUUGUCCAAAUUAAUAAAUCCGGACGUAAAAUUAUCCAAAGAUGAACAAUCUCCUAAAUGUACUUUCGAAGUUCAACCUAAUAUGCAAAUCAAUUCAUUACUAUCCACAGAUAGUUUUCUUAUCGUUGGAGCUGUUGGGGAAAUAAGAGCUUAUUCUUGGAAAGCUAUAAAAACUAGUAAAAAUGUGUUAUGUGCCUGGAGUAUCGAUAUACCCAAUGAUAAAGGAGGUUUGGAUAGACCUGAUGUUAACUCCUUAUACUUUCAGAAAGAAAAAGAUUUGAUUUUUGUUGGUUGUGGAGACAAUAAUAUUUAUGUCUUUCAUAUUGAAACUAGAAAGCUUAUAAAAACACUUUCCGCUCACAUUGAUUAUGUUCAUUGCCUUUGUGGACUAGGAAAUGACCUGAUAUCUGGCGGUGAAGAUGGAGCAGUAUGCAUUUGGGAUACCAGAGAUUUUAAAAACAUUGAUAAAAUCCAGCCUUAUUUGAAUACUGAAAUUGAUCGACCAGAGCUUGGUAAAUGGAUUGGUGCUGUAGGAUAUAAUGAAGACUUUCUGAUUUGUGGAGGGGGACCUCGUUUAUCAUUGUGGCAUUUUCGUUCAUUGAAUCACUCUACAAUAUUCCCAAUUGAAGACAAGGGAAUUCAUGUAGCUGAAAUUUAUCAGGAUAAAGUUUUUGCUGGUGGGAGGUCUGAGUAUUUUUAUCAAAUGGGUUUCAAUGGUGACAUAAUCGCUGAAAUUCCAACUUCAGCAGUAACAACCUAUACUAUGAUUCUUCAAGAAGAACCUUACAAAGCAUUAUGUGUAGCUGGAUCUAGUCCUAAGAUUGAUGUAUGUAGUAAUUUUGUAUAUAGAGACUUGGUACUCAAUGUGUAGGUAUUAAAAAUGUCAUUUGAAA